UCCAACGCACACACACACGCACACACACCCACCGCCACGGUAGGCUCUGCUGCAGCUCAGCCUUGGCCACUACACCAGAGGAGGUUGGCUGUGCGGUUGGAUGCUGAGUGAGGCGGAGAGAAAGCGUUGGUUGUGAGAGAAAGGACGCCGGGAGUUGCUGCAUGCCUCUUCUUCUGACGGCGCCCCCCUCUCUGCUGCUGCUGCCGCCGGGUGAAGGUUUCGGCGUCUGCCGCGGGAUCCAUGUAUGAACUGUGACCUGUUUACCUGAGAAGGAAGGAUAUAUGCAGAGAUAACCACAAAGCGGCUUGUCAGCGUCUCGUUUGGAGAGAAAUCCGGGGACCCUAAACAGCCGUAUUCUCUUUAUUUUUUAAUUAAUAAUUGUGGAUACUAUGCCGAUGAGAGUCGCUCCGGUUGCAAGAUUCAUUCAAGAUUCCUCCUAGGAGGGCUGUUUUUUUUCUCCGUUUUCAUCGUUCCGGGAGGAUUUGAUAGAGACGAGCCGUUAUUUUGUUGCAUACUGAUAAGGUGUUCCCGGGAAGCAUCGGGAGCCAGCAUUAAGAGCGGUGGAGAGGCUCACAUGAAUGUGUAGCCGGACCCAGCCAUGCCGAUCACAAGCGAAGGGUCCAGAACCAGAGGACGUGGCGGCGGAGCCUCGUCCCACGCACUCCCCAGCCCCGGGCCGCGACCGUCCCGCCCGAUCCUCCUCCCCCACGCCACCGUCCUCCUCCUCCUUCUCCUCCUCCAGGCGGCGUCCCCGGCGACGGCGUUGGAGCUCCAGCUGGACGAGGAGCAGCCCGCCGGGACCAUCGUGGGGGACAUCAGUGCGGGGCUGCCGCCGGGCGUCACGGCCAGCCUCUACUUCAUCUCGGACCACGAGGGCAAGGGCCUGGGCAGCGACCUGAACAUCGACGAGACCACGGGCAUCAUCACCACCGCGCGGCGGCUGGACCGCGAGCAGCGCGACCGCUACAGCUUCAUCGCCGUGACGGUGACGGGCUUCACCGUGGAGGUGUCGGUCACGGUCAACGACAUCAACGACCACGCGCCCACGUUUCCCAAGAAGAGGGCCGUGCUGAAGAUCCCCGAGCAGACGGCGGUGGGGACGCGGUUCUCGCUGGAGCCCGCCACGGACGCCGACCAGGACCAGCUCACGGUGCAGGGCUACGUGAUCAAGGAGGGCAACGUGGGCCAGGCCUUCCGGCUGGAGACCAAGAGGGGAGCGAACAAGGUGCUGUAUCUGGACCUGGUGGUCAACGGGGUUCUGGACCGGGAGAAGCGCGCCGCCUACAGCCUGGUUCUUGAGGGCUUCGACGGAGGCUCGCCCAAGAGGAUCGGCUCCAUGCACCUGGAGGUGACCGUGACGGACAUCAACGACCACGCGCCGGUCUUCAACCAGAGCCGCUACCACGCCAUCAUCUCGGAGAGCCUGCAGCAGGGCAGCACCAUUCUGCAGGUAUUUGCGUCGGACGCAGACGAGGGGGACAACGGCCUGGUGCUGUACGAGAUCAACAGACGGCAGAGUGACCCCAGCCAGUACUUUGUCAUGGACCUCAGGUCAGGGGUCAUCACGCUGAACCGACCCCUGGACUAUGAGCUGAAGAGGGUCCACGAACUGGUGGUCCAGGCCAGAGACAACGCCAGUCACCCAGAGGUGACCAACGCCUUCGUCACCAUCCACGUGCGCGACUACAACGACAACCAGCCCACCAUGACCAUCAUCUUCCUGAGCGAGGACGGCUCGCCGCGCAUCUCGGAGGGCGCCCAGCCCGGCCAGUACGUGGCCCGCAUCUCGGUCACCGACCCGGACUACAGCGAGUACGCCAACGUCAACGUGUCCCUGGAGGGCGGCGACGGCAAGUUCGCCCUCACCACCAAGGACAGCAUCAUCUACCUGAUGUACGUGGACCAGGUGCUGGACCGCGAGGAGCGGGACUCGUACGAGCUCAGGGUGAUGGCCACCGACUCUGGGACCCCACCGCUGAGGGCGGAGUCGUCCUUCACCAUCCAAGUGAUGGACGUCAACGACAACCCGCCGCUGUUUGACCAGCAGACCUACAAGCAGACCAUCCCCGAGGUGGUCUACCCGGGCUCCUUUGUGCUCCAGGUAACCGCCCGGGACAAAGACCAGGGGCCCAAUGGGGACGUCCGCUACAGCCUCCUCAAGGCCAAGGACACCCACUCCCAUUGGUUCUCCAUCGACCCGCUCACGGGCAUCAUAACCACCGCCACCGCCCUCGAUUUCGAGUCCGAGCCGAAGCCAAGCAUGCUGGUCGUCGCUACGGACAACGGCCGCCCGCCGCUGUCGUCCACGGCGACGGUGGACAUCGUGCUGCAGGAUAUCAACGACAACACCCCCGUGUUCUCCAGAAGCUUCUACAACGCCUCCGUCAAGGAGAACACUCCAGCCGGGACCUGCUUCUUAGAGGUAGGAGAACCGUCGAGGAACCCUUUGUUCCUCUUCCCUCCCCCGAUUCCUUUGUCUUUGUCUCCUUCCACUGCUCUCCGCCUCUCUUUAUCGCUCCCUUCCCUGCCUCCUCACUACCGUCUUCACCCUCUUCUCGUGUGUUUGCUAUGGGAACCUGCCAUGUUUCAUUAUCACAGCCAUCAUUCUUCUCGCGAGCAAAGCUAGCCAAAAUAUUAUUGUCCGAGGGGCUGCAGCCAGAAGCGAGUACUCAGUGUCUCUCUGGCUGUCGGUCUCACCUCUGUGUUCGCUCUCGCGCCCUUCACUCACACUCACUCCCUAAGCCCUGCUUUGAUUACUUCUGGCAAGCGUUUGAUUUAUACAGCUACAAACGGGAAUCCGGGAAAAUCAAAGUCAUGUUUGAAAAAGAAAUGGGGUAUGCAGUGUUACAGCGUGGAUGGUGCACUUGAGAAUGUUGACGUCUUUUCAUGGGAUUCUUUAAACAAAGAAGCGUCAUGGCAGCUAUCUGUUGUUUGGGUUGAAAGGGAACAACUUUUGACGAGAAGGGGAGCGACAGAAAGAGAGGCAGAGAGACAGAAUCAGAGGGAAAAGAGUGAAAAACUCCACCUGCAUUCCGGGAAACGGUGUAAGUCAAUUAAGCUUUCCUGGCUUGUCCUUUGGCUCACCUUAAACGGUAACUAUGGUAACCAGCGGCUAGCUAGCAAAGGGUGAAGCCCUCUGACAUUCUCGGCCACACUACUGUAGUAUCUCAGAGCAACUUGACAGUCCCGCUUUUAUCUCGAUGUGUGCCGCCUAUUACAUACUGGGAGGUUCUCUCUUGAGAAAUAUUAAACCUGUGACCGGCGUUGUCUCCUCGCGCGGUCUUCACCGUGCACACUCAACACCAGCUGCUCUCUCCCGCUGUGCUACACCCCCGUGUUUUAAAAAGGUUGGAGAGAGAAAAAAUCUAUUCUUUUCUUUUUAUGGUUCUUAUUGUAUGCAAUCACUUCUCCUGGACCAUCAGGUUCGGCCCCGCAGCAAUAACAUUUUACGGACCCCAAAAAGGCAUAGAAUCCGAGCCACUGGGAUUAGAUAAAUCUAGGAAUUCUUUCUUUGUUGCAGGCUCAGUUAACAUGUAUUUAGAGAGGAGGGGUGGGGGGGGGGGGGGCUUUGUGGAAUCUGGAAUAUGUCAGAAUCAUCUGGCCCGCUCCCAGAAGGAAGACAGGAUCAGGGAAGAGGGAGGGGGAUGGCUGCAGAGGGCUGACAAAAGACCAGGUUCAACUAAGAUGGAUAAGGAGUAAAUCUGUUUUGGUCAGCUCGACCCCAGGAACUGUUUGUUCAAGGACAGGAAUAGGUAUUAUUGCCAUGUAUAUAGUUUCCCUGAUAUCCCAUAGGGCUGUGUAUAUACAUCUGGAAGCCCGUUUGGAAUUCGGCAUUCAGCCAGUGGAAGAACACUCGUUAAAGUUACCUGAAAUGUGGAUGACCUUUGACGUUUACCCUGGGAACAAUUAAUGCACAUUUUGAUGAGUUUUCCAUUCCAUUGUGGGACAUAAACAGUUCUACUAUAAGAAAUGCAAGUGAUUAAUUGAUAGCAGAAGUUUAACCCCCCCCCCCCAAGUUGCUAACUCCCUUGACCUCCGGCCCGGGUCACCAGGGAUUGGAGCCCUAUCCUGAAUACAGGGCUGGGGCAGGGAAAACAGGGCAGGGUGAGACUCCGAGGGCUAGCACAUGCAUACUCUCACAGGGCAUUCAUGGAGCCACGGCCCUGGUUAGUGUCUCCAAUUACCGCUCCUGCACGUCUCUCUUAUGGGAGGAAACCCAAGCACCUGAAGGAAACCUAAUACAGGUUCUGAGUGAGGUAAUCGAACCCAGGUCCCGCUGGAUCCGUACGACACGUGACCAUCACAACGCACGCCACGGAGUUCGAGCCUUUUAACCAGUACUUGACCACUACCUGUCCCCUCAAUUCCUAGAGUUUAAUCAUAAUCUAAUAUAACGUUGGUUGUCGAAUAGAGCUACACCAUCUGCGUCCAUCACGGCCGGUUUAACAGUAGAGGAGAGCGGUCAGUCGGAGAGAGGCCGGCUCUGGCACACGCUCUCUGCUUGGACAGAGUAGUGUUCUCUGGUUCCACCGGGAGGAGCAUUUUGGGAGGAUAACAGUAGUUCAUGUCAAAACAGGUUCUGGGCCAGAGCGGUACGUGCUCCGCUUGACGGGAUUCACACGUGAAGGCUGAUCUGACAUCAUUAAGCUGUUGGAGGCCAUGCAGACCGGGUUGUGCGGUUCCACGAGCCGCUUGCCGACCCUGUGAAGCUUUGCUCGUAGUUCUUCAUCCUACACUUAAAAAUAGUACUUAGCAUUGUUUAGCAUCUUAUCCUAGCUAUCCUUGUCGUAUACUAGGAAUGGGAUAACAAUUGUUAUUGAUUGGCAAUUCGUUCCAUGAACAUCCUUACUGUACCGACAGCCGUACAUUAUUGUUUCUCUUCUUCUGUCAAAUGUCCCUCUUGUAGGUCGCUUUGGAUAAAAGCGUCUGCUAAAUGCCCUAAAGGUAUAUUUAUUUCCCUUUGUUUCCCUGACUUUCUCCCAAUAUUAACCAUGAAGUGUUUGUGCGCAUAGAAUUUUGCUCUACUUUGUUUCACCAAGUCUUUUAUGUUUCAGUUCACGCUGCUUAGUAGAGCCUUGGCUAUAGUCGCACACCCUGAGUAGAGUUCCCACUGAACUUUGAUCAGUUCAGACUUUUUGAUCUAUGACUCCAUUCUUAUCCAUUAUCUGGUUAUUAUGAUCUGGCCAAGGCCCGCCAAGUCGUCGUUACGGCUAUCAGAUCUUCAGAAUUACUCACAAAUUUGGAGCCGGGUCCCUCAUGCUGUUUGGUUUAGGACAGACUUUUUCUAUUUUAUUUUGGAAGGUCCUUUGGCCAGUGGCUUCCAAUCCAAACGACUACGCUCUCUUUCCCCGUCGGCUGAGCAAACGGAAAGCCUUGGCCUUCCCAGCCGACUGACCGGGUAAAACCGGGGGUCAAGGCUUCCGAUCCACAUCUGACGAGAGGCUUUUAAGGAUAGAAAUGAAAGACGUGGUCUGAGGAGUGAAACAGACUCAGGAAACGUGGAGGUAAACGUAAAGAAAUGACCAUGAAGAGAAUUGGGAAUACCAGCUCAUUUCCUGCUGUCUGCAGGAUUUUGAGAAGAAGUGCGUGUGUGUGUGUGUGUGUGUGUGUGUGUAUGUGGGUGUGUGUAUGUGUGUGUGGGUGUGUGC